CCGACUGCUGGCAGCCAGUCCAAAGGCCAGAUGUGGCGGCGGCUCUAGUCGCACGCGUGCGAGAGAGACCAUCACGACACGGCGUGCGGUACUCCCGCUUAGAAAACACACGCACCGCGAAUAGUCACGUUCUGUGACCGGUGAAAAAUCCCUUCGUGGUUCACGCUACCGGCGAUCGCCCAGCCUUUCGUCUGUGAAUUCGUGCGCUCGACUCGACUCAGCUCCCGAGAAAGAGAGAAGUACCUCUGAAGGGAAAAGGGGAGAAAGAAGAAGAAGAAGAAGAAGGGGAAAUCUAAAGAGAAAGAGGAGCAUACUUUCGUCCUGCUCUCUCAGAUCGGAAAACACAGAAAGAGAGAGAGAGAGAGAGAGAGAGAGAGAGAGAGAGAGAGAGAGAGAGAGAAAAGACGUCGAGAGAGCUCUUGGCUCUCUAGAAUUCGAGCAGGCUGAUUGGUCGUUCAGUCACGAAGCGCAGAGAACCGAGAGGGAGAAUUUCUUUUUUCUUUCCAAGGGUGCAAUCGCGGUCCGUUUCUUGUGGAAUAUACGUGCAACUGUAUGAGAGAGAUCACCAGCCGUUCACGGGAGUGGUGAUAAACGGAGAGUGCGGCUCCUAGGUGGAAAUCUACCUUGGAGGAGACCUGGAGGUCUAGAGGCAGUGUAUAGGGUAUAUAGAAGUGAUCUAUCGAAAGAGAAAGAAAGAAAAAAAGGGGGACGAAGGAAACUAGAAGACACCCUGGAACAUGUCCGGAAUCCGAAUCAACGUGGAAGAGGCCUCCAACGACGAACACGAGGAUCUUGUACCUGAUAUCGAGGCGACCGUGGCUACGACGGCGGUAGCGGGCAGCCCGCUUUCCUGGCAUAUCCCAAGGCCGUCCUUGGUGGGACGAAGCGAGAGGGACAGCGAAAAUGGUAGCUGGGCUCAUCAUCUGCACCCGAACUCACCAUCCAGAGGAUCAACCUCGUCGCAAGGAUCCACUGCCAGUACACACAGUGCCGCGUCGGGCACGUUACUCCUGACAGCUGCAAACCUAGCCAAUCUUGCAGCGAUUCACCCGCCCACGGUGACAGCGCCGAAACAAAUGGAUACCGCAUCGGUGGCGAGCAGUACUCAUUUCACUGUGGUGAACGGCCUAGGCAGACCAACAACCGUUUACAGGAAGUCCUGCUGCGCGAGAAAUCAGCUUACUGUGCUCGUCUGCACGAUGAGCUUCCUAUUCAUGAUCGGUCUGCUUCUCGGGAUUCUCUACAUGGAAAUGAGAAUUCGCGACAAGUACCACUAGGCCGAUGGAAAUUGUUAAAUCGAAUAAUCGUGGAUCAAAUUGGACUAACGACGAGACAGAAGAGUGCAAACUACGAGAAGAAUGAUAUCAGGGAUGAAUUAAUAUUUGCGAAGCGUUUAAUGUUUAAGAUUUUCUCGAUCACGAUCGAUGAAAUUAUUCGUAUUUAUAAUGUACUUUCAUGUAUAUUAUCAUUUAGAGUGUUAGGACGACUCCAUUAGACGUUCUCGGUCAGAGAUAAUGUUUCAAAGGCUGUAUUGCACCAUGUUUCACGUGUGGCACGUGAAAAUUCAGUAAUUACAUUCACGUAAUAAGGUAGUUUUAGUUAAGAUCCUAAUAGAUAGCACGAACGCGAUCCUAACUCCUAAAAUUGAGUCAUUCAAUUACCUAAUGAAACGACCGAUUCGCUCAAUUGUAGAAUCUUUCUACUUGUUUUAUAAUUAAAGUCAGACGACGAUAUGUUAAAAUAAAACGUACGAGUCAUCAUUUCACUGAAUUGUUAAUUUAAAUUGAAUUUAAAUUCAAAUAAUUAUGGAACAUCAACUUUUAACUCCAAUUUAAUUGAACAACGCAACAAGAUUGUAAAACGAAAACAUUGUAAACACAAGUAUUUCUUUAAUUGAUAUUGACGGACAGUUUGGAGUAAUCGACGAAAUGGGAGUAUAAGAUAAGCGAAUAUGUACUAAUUUUUAGGAGUCGUUAUUUAAUUAUUACUAACAAAAAGAACGCUUGAAUCAAACCUGGAUUUCGAGUUCCAGGGUGUCGUGUUCCAGGGAAUGUAGAAAAGCAAUGAGCAGUGAUCGUGUCAAUCGCUGACUCGCAACUGUGAUAUUAUUUGCGUAUUAAUUAAUCGUCGAUUCAACAAGAAAACUGUCGAACCAUGAAGAAAA